AUGUCACAACCACCCACCGCGAAGUCCACGCAUAUCCAUACAAUAUGGGGCCGAAGGCCCAUGAGCAGAAUCAAAAACCUGAUCGCUCUGUUCGUUCCCAUGGAAGAAUUUCAGCUUCAAGAGUUCAUCGAGAAGCACAAGCUCCGCCAUAUAGGUGUUUGGGAUGAUGGAAUACGAUUGACGAUACCAUUGCACAACAAGACGCCGCAAAAAGCGCUUGCAGAUCUGGCUGCUCUGAUGGAAAUUGGGAAACUCGACAAGUACUACGAAUUUGUCGCGUAUGCGCCCACGAACGAUCCGGAAGAAUUCGAUCGAGGGGAUAACGGAGAAGAACCCGUUGUGCAAAACGUCAAAAGAGCAUUCGUGCAGAUCAAAGCUAAACGAAAUUCGUUACCUACCGAUCAAACCCACCCUACACAACUCCAAAAGACCAUGUCUGAACCAACUUCCGUCACCAGACCCACGCAUAUACAUACCGUAUGGCGCAAAAGGAAACUAAGCACAUCACAAAAAUUCCUCAGCAAGGCCACAGAGAACCCAGAAAAGAAACUCAACCAAUUCAUCGUGAAGCAUAAGAUCUGCUGGAACAGCAAGUGGGAUGACAAGCUUCGAUUGACAAUAAAACUGCCCAGCAACAAGAGCCCAGAAGAGACAGUUGGGGACUUUUGUGCUCUGAUGCAAGAUGAAGGAUUGGAUAAGUACUGGGAGUAUGUCACGCAGGCUCAUACCGACGAUCCGAACAAUGUCGACCCAAGGGUGUACAAGAAUGAUCAAGAUUUGCAAAAGGAAGCAGUCGCAAAUAAUUCGUAA